GAAUAAAGGGCAUCCAUGGCUCGUUUAAUAUCAGUGCUUAGUCCACCAUUUUUAAAGAAAUUGCCUUGUGUUUGCAGCAGCGCGAGCUCUAAGACCGCUUCUUUUCGACCUAACAGUAACAGCAGUAGCGUGGUUUUGACCGGUAUCAGCUUAAGGAAUCAAACUCCAGCAUCCUUACCAACUUAUAAUAAAGGGCAACCUAUUAACAGUUUCAUCGGGCAUUUUCCAAGUUUUAUAAAACGAUUUGAUAUACUAAGAAAUAUUGUCCUGGUAAACUCGACACGACAGUUACAUAGCUGGAAUAGUAACAGCAGACAAGAUAGCUUAUUUGACUCCGAAGAGCUUGAUAUAAAAGAAAAGGAAAUGGCACCACAUGACCAAUAUUCCCGAGAUCAUCAUAGCCGUUCUGGUGGCGCAGCAGGUCGCAACUUUGGACACGUGCCUAGCGGUUCACGGGGUGGUGGCGGAGGUGAUCGUGGUGGUGUAAGAAAUGGUCGUAUACAGAAACCACGUAUGUUUGAUAAAGGUGGAAAAGCUGGCGGUAUGGGCAGAGGAAACGGUGACAACGGCGACGUCAAUCUGUAUGAUAUAGAUUGGUCGACCGUCGAAUUGCAACCAUUUAAAAAGGACUUCUACAAACAGCAUCCUACUGUUAAGAAUCGUUCGCCGUACGAUGUUGAAAAGUACCGCGAAGAAAAUGAGAUAACAGUACGUGGACCAGCCCCGAAUCCGAUACAGCAGUUUGAUGAGGCUUACUUCCCAGAUUACUGCAUGAAUGAGAUUCGAAGACAGCGCUAUGAGAAUCCAACACCAAUCCAAGCGCAAGGUUGGCCAAUUGCUAUGAGUGGUCUUAAUAUGGUUGGCAUUGCUAAGACGGGAUCAGGGAAGACGCUUGGUUAUAUCCUUCCCGCGAUUGUGCAUAUCAACAAUCAGCCACCGCUACAAAGGGGUGAUGGUCCAAUUGCCCUAGUUCUCGCUCCAACCCGUGAACUUGCUCAGCAAAUUCAGCAGGUUGCUACCGACUUCGGUUCAUCCUCAUACGUUCGCAAUACCUGCGUAUUCGGUGGAGCUUCGAGAGGGGGACAGGCACGUGACUUAACUCGAGGUUGUGAGAUAGUUAUCGCAACACCAGGACGUUUGAUUGAUUUUCUAUCAUCCGGAACGACAAAUCUUAAACGCUGUACAUAUUUAGUAUUAGACGAAGCUGAUCGUAUGCUUGAUAUGGGCUUCGAACCACAAAUUCGAAAAAUCCUAGGACAAAUACGUCCUGAUCGUCAAACACUAAUGUGGAGUGCAACAUGGCCAAAGGAAGUUCAACAGCUUGCUGAGGACUUCUUGGGUGAUUAUAUACAAAUCAAUAUUGGCUCAUUGGAAUUGUCAGCAAAUCAUAACAUUCAACAAAUUAUUGAUAUUUGCCGGGAGACAGAAAAAGAAGAAAAACUCAAAGAUUUACUAUCAAAAAUCUACGAUAAUCCCGAUAAACCUGGAAAAAUUAUCAUUUUCACGGAAACAAAACGUCGUGUUGAUCACAUAUCGCGUUAUAUUCGUAGUUUUGGUGUCCGUUGUGGCGCUAUUCAUGGCGAUAAGUCACAAUCAGAACGUGAUUAUGUAUUACGUGAAUUCCGUACGGGUAAAUCAAACAUUUUAGUAGCAACUGAUGUUGCUGCUCGUGGUUUAGAGGCCGAUUUGCAUAUGGUGGGGAUAAACGUCUGACCACUUAAACUUUUAAAAUAAAAUCCAAAAAGAAAAAAAUUCUUUUUUGAGUGGAAACAAUUAUAUUAAAAAAAAAAAAAAAAAACAGGCGGUUAUCUUGCUGAUGGUUAUUCGUCACAAACUGCCCGUUCCGUGAAAGUAGUUGCAUGCUGACGCUCCGACAGACAGACAACACCGUGAAAAACUUGAAAAGAGAAGGCGGAAAAACUAGUGGCGCGCACCUCUUCCGGAAGGUGUUGUGUUAUGUUCCUCUAUCGUAAAUGGUGGAAAUUUUUCCGAAAAUGCUCCUCAUUGAAUGGAGGGGUAGAUUCAGCCAAUAGCGCCCCCGACAUACCUGAAUUGGAUCCGAUACUGUGAAAGAAGGAUUUCUCUUGCGGAUGACGAUUGACUCUGAGACUCCUGAGAAGGUGUUGCAAAGAUCAGCCGUGUGAAAGUGAAGGUCGUCGCUUAGCAGUAUGAAUCCUGAAGAUAAAUCCAACCGUCUUUUUUCAUUCUACCUGUUUCAUCGUCCUCUUCACAAAGGAAAAUGAUACAAGUACUCUAAAACUGAUGAAUUCACUUUAUCAUACCGACCUCGUGAACUUUCCGCAUACACGAGGGGCGGAUGAAACAGUGACAAAAGGACGAAAGUCGGUUGAAAGUAGAAACAAAGAUACAAAAAAAAAAUGCAUCACGUGUGUUGUACUUCCCAGGCGGCACGAAUGGAGGUGUCCAGCAUGCUCUAUCGCGAUCAAAUCAUGUACAAACCAUUAUCCCCAAUCGUCAAAGUGGCCUCUGAUAUAUAAAACCAUAAGCAAACCUAUAAUUUCUUCUUCGUCGUGAAUUGGUCAAUCUUUGGUUCGCUGUUUCAUCUGUGACAGAACAAAAUAUGUAACUAACAAUCUACUAUGCAUUUACCAUUGGAAAGAUAUUUAUAUAUAUAUAUAUAUAUGCAUACUAUAUAUAUAUAUAUGUCUAAGAAAUCAUCACAGACUAAAUUGGGAACCGAAUUAUGAUUGCGCAACGAUGAAGGCUAUCUUUCUUACAUAUGAAAGGAUGAGGAGUGGAGCGGGGGGGAGGCGGAGAAAAAAAGGAUCACAACAAGGCUUUCCCUCUCCCUUCGAUCUCUUCUCUCCUUCUCAUGAACUUAAAAACAGAAAAGUAUAAAAAAACACGAGGAUUUUGUUGGCUUCUUCAUUCUACGACUUCCGGAUGAUAUUUCGAUUAAAUUUCUUCAGUUCGCGUCUAUCAUGCACCCGCUAAUAUAUAAACACCCCGUAUACCAAAAGAUGUGUAUGAAAUAUAAAAUAAAUUGAAGACAACUCAAUUAAAUUUUGAAAUACUUUUGAAAAACAAAAAAACAAAAAAAAAUACAUGAAACCAUUCAACCUAAUCAACCUAAUUUCAACAAAAUUUCUCCUCCUUCCAAACAACAAAAAAAAAAACAAACAAUUCGAAAUCAUUCGCUUUUUUUCUGGAAAAACCAAAAAAAAAU